UUAAAAUGCCAUCAAAUGCGUCCCCUUCGACAAUCCCCAUUCUUUCGCCGAGUUGGGAGGAACAGUGCGGUGAUGGCGUCCACGGUGUCCGUGCAGAAGACCGAGGAGGAGUGGAGAGCGAUCCUCUCGCCGGAGCAGUUCCGGAUCCUUCGCCUCAAGGGGACUGAGGCUCGUGGUACAGGAGAGUACAACAAGUUGUAUGCUGGCGGUGCUUACAACUGUGCCGGUUGUCAAACACCGCUCUACAAAUCCACAACUAAGUUCGAUUCUGGUUGCGGCUGGCCAGCUUUUUACGAGGGUCUACCCGGAGCCAUAAAUCGCUCGCCCGAUCCCGAUGGACGGAGAACUGAAAUCACUUGCGUAGCUUGUGGCGGGCACUUGGGUCAUGUUUUUAAAGGGGAAGGAUUCGGGACUCCUACAGAUGAGCGACACUGCGUCAACAGCGUCUCCAUCAAAUUUAUUCCUGCCAACGAGAACAAGUAGAUUACAUCCGUCUAAGUAUUUUCUUCUCAAAUUAUUGAAUAAUGGGCGAUAUUAAAUUGCCAAAAUGCUCCUUCAAGUUCUUUAGAUCAUUCGUGCCCUCGCAAGGUUUGGAAAUUCUAAAACAUUUGACUUGUUUAAACGUUUGUGUCAUUUUCAAAUAUUAAAUUGUAGGCGUUAAAUGA